AAUGUAGUUUUGAUAUUUUGUUUUACAUUUCCGGUUUUCAGAAAAGUUCCAAUUGUACUUUUGUCCCAAAGUCUCUAAUAGUUUCCUGGCGCAGUUUGACAUCGAUCUAGAGAUUAAAUCCAAAGGAAACGGACGAAGAAAUACAUCUGAAAGAAAUAGAAGGUGUAUUCUGUAGGAAGGAAGGAUGAUGGUGGAGGGGGAGAACCAGAGGGGAGACCCUCAUACCCAGCGAGGAGAGGGGUCUGGUGGACAGGAGGCCAUCCACAUGAAGGAGUCCGUUGUCGAGGACAACACAGAACCUGAUGAGGGUUCACGGAAGCCAACCACAGGACCAGUGGUUGUCACGGGAAACCAGAAAAUGCCCACCAUCGAGAAACUGGAACAGGUUCGCAAAUGGAGCAUCACUACUUAUAAGUGUACUAAGCAGGUUCUGUCAGAGAAGAUGGGUCGUGGAUCCCGUACGGUCGACCCAGAACUCGAGGCCCGCAUCGACAUUCUCCGUGAUGACCGCCGCCGUUAUGAUCAUGUGACCUGCCUGGCCCAGACACUCGCCACGCAGCUCGCCCAGGUCACACAGACGCAAAGGACUCUGGGCGAUGCCUUCACCGAGCUCAGCCUCAAAACGCCGCCACUACACGUAGAGUUUGGUCUGAACGGGGACACCCAGCGGUUCCUGUCGAAGAGCGGAGAGGUCAUGGUCUCGGCCGUGAACUCUUUCACCUCCAAUAUGAACACACUGGUUAACAAAACUAUAGAGGACACCAUGGUUAACGUGAAACACUACGAGACAGCCAGGAUCGAGUACGAUGCGUACCGUUGUGACCUGGAGGACUUGAACCUGGGACCUCGAGACACCGCCACCCUCCCCAAACUAGAGCAGGCCCAGAGAACCUUCCAGAACCAGAGAGAGAAGUAUGAGAAGAGCCGAAACGACCUGUCAGUCAAACUCAAACUACUGGAAGAGAAUAAGGUAAAGGUUCUCCAGCAUCAGUUGGUAUUGUUCCAUGGUGCUGUAGCCUCCAACAGCACCUCCAACCACCAGCACCUGGAGCUCAGCCUGCAGCAGGCAAGCACCAAGCUACCCAUGCCCGGCACGGAGCCUCCUUCCUGGCUAGAGGAGAGCUCAUCACCCCAAUAACCAUCCACCAUGUCUGGGGGCCCAUGAAACCUUCCAGUAUCUUAAUGCAAGUUGGGGCCUCUCAACUGCCACAUCUGUGGGCCAAAACAGAGGGUAUUGUCGACAUUCCUGUUCUCUUAUCCUAUAGGGCCUAUAGGUUCUCCUCUUACCUCAUAGGUUCUCCUCUUACCUCAUAGGUUCUCCUCUUACCUCAUAGGUUCUCCUCUUACCUCAUAGGUUCUCCUCUUACCUCAUAGGUUCUCCUCUUACCUCAUAGGUUCUUCUCUUACCUCAUAGGUUCUUCUCUUACCUCAUAGGUUCUUCUCUUACCUCAUAGGUUCUUCUCUUACCUCAUAGGUUCUUCUCUUACCUCAUAGGUUCUCCUCUUACCCUAUAGGUCCUAUAGGUUAUUCUCUUACCCUAUAGGUUCUCCUCUUACCCUAUAGGUCCUAUAGGUUAUUCUCUUACCCUAUAGGUUCUCCUCUUACCCUAUAGGUUAUUCUCUUACCCUAUAGAUCCUAUAGGUUAUUCUCUUACCCUAUAGAUCCUAUAGGUUAUUCUCUUACCCUAUAGAUCCUAUAGGUUAUUCUCUUACCCUAUAGAUCCUAUAGGUUAUUCUCUUACCCUAUAGGUCCUAUAGGUUAUUCUCUUACCCUAUAGGUUAUUCUCUUACCCUAUAGAUCCUAUAGGUUAUUCUCUUACCCUAUAGAUCCUAUAGGUUAUUCUCUUACCCUAUAGGUUCUCCUCUUACCCUAUAGGUCCUAUAGGUUAUUCUCUUACCCUAUAGGUUCUCCUCUUACCCUAUAGAUCCUAUAGGUUAUUCUCUUACCCUAUAGGUUCUCCUCUUACCCUAUAGGUUAUUCUCUUACCCUAUAGAUCCUAUAGGUUAUUCUCUUACCCUAUAGAUCCUAUAGGUUAUUCUCUUACCCUAUAGAUCCUAUAGGUUAUUCUCUUACCCUAUAGAUCCUAUAGGUUAUUCUCUUACCCUAUAGGUCCUAUAGGUUCUCCUCUUAUCCUAUAGAUCCUAUAGGUUAUUCUCUUACCCUAUAGAUCCUAUAGGUUAUUCUCUUACCCUAUAGAUCCUAUAGGUUAUUCUCUUAUCCUAUAGGUUCUCCUCUUACCCUAUAGAUCCUAUAGGUUAUUCUCUUACCCUAUAGGUGACCUGACUAUAGACUGUUGUUCACUCUGUUUCUCCUAUUCACUGACUGUAUAAGAGUUCUGUUUGGCAGUAGCAUUGUUACUAUCAUAGCAUUUGCGUUAUUAUUAUGUAUACAGUAUGUACAGUUCUCCUGUAUUGACUAAUGCUGUGUCCAAAAUGUCACCCGGUUCCCUACGUCGUUCACUACCUUUGGAGCUCUAUAAAGGGAAGUGCGUAGCAUGUGGGGACGCAGCCUACAACUAAAGGACCAAACUAACAUGCGGUGCUGAGAUAUGGAACCAAAGCCAGAGACUGUAGAAUGUUCGAGACCGUUAGAACCUUUUACACUCUAGAACCUUCUUGGGCUUUAUAAGGAUCUUUAGAUUCCUACCAGAAUCAACUAUACUGAGCAAAAAUAUAAAAAAUACCCACAAAACAAAUUUAAAAGAUUUUACCGCGUUGCAAUUCAUAUAAAGGAAACCAGUCGAUCAAUUUAUUAGGUCCCUAAUCUAUGGAUUUCACAUGACUACAGGGGUGCAGCCGUGGAGGGCAUAGGCCCACAGAAAUACUCCUCAGCACCCCCUCCCCGAUCCUACAGGUGAUGUAGCCAGAUGUGAGGUCCUGGGUUGUCGUGGUUACAUGUGGUCUGCAGUUGUGAGGCCGGUUGGACGUACUGCCAAAUUCUCUAAAAUAACAUUGGAGGUAGAGAAAUGAACAUUCAAUUAUCUGGCAACAACUAUGGUGGACAUUCCUGCUAUCAACAUGCCAAUUGCACUCUCCCUCAACUUGAGACAUCUGUAGCAUUUUAGAGUGGCCUUUUAUUGUCCCUGGCACAAGGUGCACCUAUGUACGGAUCAUGCUGUUUUUAAUCAGAUUCUUGAUUAUGCCACACCUGUCAGGUGGAUGGAUUAUCUUGACAAAGGAGAAAUACUCACUAACAGGGAUGUCAACACAUUUGUGCACAAAAUUUGGGAGAAAUAAGCUUUUUUGUGCGUACGGAACAUUUCGGGGAUCUUUUAUUUCGGCUCAUGAAACACUUUUUUUCCAGGUUGCGUUUUGUAUUUUAGUUCGGUGUAAUUCCAAACACAUCUUUUGCACUUGUCUACCUACCAAAAAUAACAAUUGUGUGUUUUUGAAUAUAAACGUAAUUUAAUGCCAAAUAUCGAGAUCAACAUUAUUCUUUGUGUAUAAUGUACGUGUUUUUGAUUCUUUUAAAAUAGGAAAUUCAAAAAGCACUCGCACAUCUGAGUUAUCUUCGUUGCAGGUGCAUGAUAACGGUUGAAUAAAACGAGACAAAAAGGAGAAACCUACAUACUGCUCUUUAAGCGUUGCAAAUCGACCUCCCGUCCAAUCAGAGGCUGAUACAUAAAGCUUAUUACAGAGCAGUGAGCGGGUUUCACCAUUUUUUUUUUUUUCUCAAAUCUUAAAAUAGGGAAAUGACUUGCACAUCGGAGUGGGCUUGUUGCAGGUGCGUGGGAAUCAUUUGUGGCGAUCUUAAAGAAAAUGACUUGCACAACACUGCUCUUGCCAGUGUUACUUAGAUGUGUUAAGCUUUUAUGUAUUGACCUGUUGGCUUUCCUCAGAGCUUUUGUUGUGUUUUUGAAUCUUGCCCAUUAAAAUGUUUGUGUACAA